AUGAUAAUUUACCUACGAAGAUUCAAAGAAGGCCGCCUGGAGUGGAGGAGAACGGAGGCACGAUUGUGUGAGAUGAGGGAUGAUCCAGUUUUUCCCAGCAACGCCAUUUUGUUAUUAACCGAUGAUGGAAGGCUCAUUUUGCAGCAGGAAGAUAGAGAUGACGUAAAUAUUGUGAAUCCUGGCCAGUCUGUUGCGUCAGCUUCAAUACUUGACAAUGGCAAUUUCGUGCUGUUUGAUUCCUCAGGGAGGAUUAGAUGGCAGAGUUUUGAUCACCCAACCGACACUCUUUUGCCCGGCCAAUGUCUCCCAGCUGGAGAAGAUCUCGUCUCCAGUGCUUCAAAAACAAACCCUGCCCGAGGGAUUUUCCGUCUUGUGAUGCAAACUGAUGGGAACCUGGUGCAAUACCCUGUGGAAAUUGACGGACCCAAAUAUGCUUAUUAUGCAUCAGGUACCUAUGGAAGAGGCAACAAUGUAUCCUUGAAUCUGGAUAAUAAUGGCCAUCUUUAUUUGUUAAAUGGAAGCACCAUUAUAAGCAAUAUAACAACAGGACAAUAUCGAACAAGAAUUCUCUACCUCGUGAGAAUUGACGUUGAUGGUAUAUUUCGAUUAUAUUAUCGCUCAUUGGAUCCUCAAGGAAACUGGACUAUAGAAUGGUCAACCACAGAAGAUAAAUGUGCCCCAAUGGGUUUAUGUGGGUUGAAUGGUUUUUGUAUUCUGAUGGAUGAAGUUGCAGAAUGUGUAUGCAUUCCAGGAUUCGAUCAUGUUAAUCUGGGCAAUUGGAGCUCAGGAUGCGAAAGGAAUUUUGCUAUGGAAGGUUGUAAAGCCAAUAAUCAACAUAUCAGUUAUGAAAUCAGAUCAUUGGAUAACACAAUGUGGGAAGAUGCUAAUUAUGCUGUUUUAGAAGGACUGACUAAAGAAGAUUGUGGAAAAGCUUGUUUAGAGGACUGCAACUGUGAUGCAGCUCUCUUACAAGAUGGAAGCUGCAGAAAGCAAAGGCUUCCAUUGAGAUAUGGAAGAAGAUUUCAGAAUAGUUCAGAUGUUGCUCUUAUCAAGGUCAGCACAACAACGACUAGAGGAGUUUUGGGUGAUUCAGACAGAGAAAUCAAGAAAGAGAUUCGUCUAGACGUCUUAAUUAUUAGCAUUUCACUUGUUGCUUUAGCGGCCUUGAUCUUGACAAUUACCGGGAUUUAUGUCCACAAAAAUCGUGCAAGCAACAAAUGA